AUGGGCCUCCCUCGAGCUUUGGUUGCGGCACUCGCCUACGGGUCAAUCGUUCACGCUGCCUACGAUGUCUUUGACUAUGUAGAUCCUCUAAUUGGAACCAGCAAUGGAGGACACGUCUUUGCCGGCGCAACUCUUCCAUUCGGUCUUGCCAAAGCGGUAGCUGACUCUGUGAAUGACAAUGCUGGUGGUUAUGCCUCAGAUGGCGGUCCCAUCACUGGCUUCUCUCACAUGCAUGACAGCGGAACGGGUGGUGGCGCUUCUCUUGGAAACUUCCCAUUGUUCCCUCAGAGCGGCUGCUCUGGUGGCAACCUUGACAACUGCUAUUUCACCAAGUCAGACCGACAGUCUCUGCCAAUUAACAGCUCCAUUGAAGCGCAUCCCGGAUACUUUUCGGUUACUCUCAAUACCUCCAUCAAGGCGGAAAUGACCGUAUCGAACAAGACGGCAUUGUAUCGCUUCACCUUUCCUGACCAGCCUGUGCCUAUGAAAGGUGGCGACGCAACUGGGGACAACGCGAUCCCAUAUGAGCCUGUAAUCUUGGCUGACUUAACGGAUCUCUCCGACUCUCGGAGCAAGGGAAGCGUUUCUGUCGACCCUCACAGCGGAAGAAUUACCGGCUCAGGAACAUUUAAUCCGUCUUUCGGAGUUGGCACGUACACUUUGUACUUCUGUACCGAUUUCCAAGGGGCCAGUAUCAAGAACACCGGCGUCUUCCAGAACAACAGAGCCGGUACCAACUUCAAGCAGCUCAACACCGAAACUGCCACCGUUACUGGCCCUCCCGUGCCCGGUGGCGCAUUUGUCCAGUUUAACAAGCCUGGAAAUAACCAGAUUUUGGCUAGAGUUGGCCUGUCAUUCAUUAGUGUGAACCAGGCAUGCAGCAAUGCCCAGUCUGAGAUCCCGAGGUUUGACUUCCAGGGAACUCAGGCCACUGCUGAGGACGCAUGGCGACAGAAGCUGGGAGUUGUCAAGGUUGACACCACGGGAGUGAACACAGACAUUCUGACCACCUUCUAUUCGGGACUGUAUCGCUCCAUGAUCUCACCUCAGGACUACACGGGAGAGAAUCCUCUGUGGAAGAGCAACGAACCUUACUAUGACUCCUUCUACUGCAUCUGGGAUUCAUUCCGCAGCAUCCACCCGCUGCUUACUAUCGUCGACCCGUACAGCCAAACGCAGAUGGUUCGCGCGCUCAUUGACAUAUACCGCCACGAAGGAAAGCUUCCGGAUUGCCGCAUGACAUUCUGCAAGGGCUGGACGCAAGGUGGUAGCAAUGCUGAUAUUGUGCUUGUGGACGCAUACUUAAAGGGCCUUCACAAGGGUGUUGAUUGGCAGACUGGAUACGAAGCUCUGAUCUCGGAUGCCGAAGAUGAACCAGUGAACUGGGGUAUCGAGGGACGUGGUGGAUUGACCAGCUGGAAGACGCUUGGCUAUAUUCCCACUGACGACUUUGACCCCAACGGUGUUGGUACAUUCUCGCGAUCCAUCUCUCGAACAGUCGAAUAUGCCUACAACGACUUUUGCAUUGCCGAGAUGGCCGAGUCCCUGCACAAGAAGGCUGAUGCCGAGAAGUAUCUCAAGCGCUCCAAGAACUGGAAGAACAUGUGGAACCCGAAUCAAAACUCGUACAUCUACGUCACCAAUCCCGAUGGUUCUACCGGGUAUGUGGACAGUGGGUUUUACGGCUUCCUACAGCCCAGAUAUCUGAACGGCACGUUUGGCUAUCAAGAUGCCAUGAUGUGCACUCCCAUGUUCCGAUUCGACGAUUGUUAUCUGGUGCCUACUGGCCACGAGACCUACGAGGGAAGCAGCUGGCUCUACACUUUCUUCGCCCCCCACGACAUGGCCGACCUCAUCACCACUCUUGGUGGCCCAGACACUUUCGUCAAGCGUCUCCAGUUCCUUCACAACACCCCCAACCUGCUCUACUUUGGUGACGAACAAGCCUUCCUUCUCGUCUUCCUGUUCCACUAUGCUGGUCGUCCGGGCUUGUCUUCGUACUUUGCCCACCACUACAUCCCCUCACAGUUUAACUCCGGUAUCAACGGUAUCCCCGGUAACGACGAUUCCGGUGCCAUGGGUGCGUUUAGCACUCUGACCAUGAUGGGCUUGUGGCCAAUGGGCGGACAGAACGUCUACCUCAUCCUGCCACCGUUCUUCCCUGAGAUUAGCAUCAAGAAUGGACUGACGGGCAAGACGGCGACGGUGAAGAACAUCAACUUUGAUGGAGGAUAUGAAAAUAUCUAUAUCCAGAGCGCUAAGCUCAACGGGAAGCCGUAUACCAAGAACUGGAUCACGCACGAUUUCUUUGCUAAUGGAGGCGUGCUGGAGCUGACGCUGGGUAAGAACGAGAGUAGCUGGGGAACAGGCUCUGCCAGUCUGCCACCCAGCCUGGAUCUAGACAUCUAG